AUGGAGAGUAUCAUCACAGCUUUUGAGUUAUCGCAGAAAGCCACAUCAAUCUUGAAGGAAGGAGAAAGAAAACCAAUGUCUACCACCGCCGCCGUUGAAGUCAACGCUAUUUACUCGAGUAAGUCACAAAACGCCAAUUAUUUAAAUAGAAAGUCAUGUCCUGAUUGCAACGUGCAACAUGACCGCCAAAAUUGCAAAUAUUUAGAUUUUGUAUGUGACAAAUGCCAUCGACGUGGGCAUAUCCAGAGCGUAUGUCUUUCGAACAAAAAACAAAAUACACGUGAUCGACGUCGUAGGAAACGGGAUUAUUCUCAAAACCGACAAAGCAAUCGCUCAAGCUCCAAGCAUCGUCAUUACCAAUCGCGUUCACAUAAUAAUCAAAAUACUUCGAAUAAAGAUUUUAGAGAAACAGCACAUUUAAUACACGAAGUGCAGCAUGAAGACAUAUGCACUCUAAAAGAAUCAAUUGGUCAAUGCGAAGAAUCAAAAAAGAGAUUAAUUGUGUCACUAGAAGUAAACAAAGUGCCGCUUGAUUUUCAAUUAGACACGGGGGCUACCUGCUCAUUAAUAGGUUUGCAAGGUUAUCGGAAUUUAGGAGAACCAAUUUGUGCAACGACCGACCGAGUACUGAGAGCAUAUGGUAAUAUUAAAAUUCCCAUUAAAGGCAUGAUUUCGGCAGAGAUUAUUUGGAGGGGUAUUGUACGUAGAUUGCCUUUAUUAGUAGUCGAUAGCGAAUAUGGUUCCAACAUUAUGGGAAUGGACUUGUUUGAUGCGUUUGAUCUUAGCAUAAAGCAACAAAGUGAAGAAAAAGCUCUACAUGUUUCAAGUGACAAUUCUGACAAAGAGCAGCAACAACUAGCUUUAGAAGCAAAAACACUUUGUGAACGUUAUAAAUCAGUGUUCAAUUCAGAGCUGGGAUGUAGCAAUAGUUACGUUGGUCAUUUGGUAUUAAAGGCUGAUGCACAACCAAAAUUUUGUAAAUAUCGACCCGUCCCUUUUGCCCAAAAAGAAAAAGUGAAAGCCGAAAUAGAAAGACUUCUUAAGCUGGGUAUUCUCCGGCGAAUUGAGACGAGUCAAUGGGCUGCCCCCAUCGUCCCUGUUCAAAAAGCGAAUGGUUCGAUUCGUAUUUGUGGCGAUUUCAAGCAAACAAUAAAUCCGCAACUAAUAGUAAAUCGUCAUCCAUUGCCACGGGUCUUGGACAUUUUUCACAGUCUUGAAGGUGGUUGUUAUUUUACGAAAAUAGAUCUCUCUGAUGCUUAUUUACAGAUCCCGUUAGAUGAGGAGUCUCAGAAAAUCUGUGUCAUUUCCACUGAGUUUGGUCUGUUUCAAUAUCUACGUGUACCUUUCGGUACAGCUAGCUCUACGGGAAUUUUUCAAAACUACAUCGAACAAUUGACAACCGGGCUGUUUGGCGCAGCUUAUGUCGAUGAUGUCAUUAUUUCUGGGAGAAGCAAAGGAGAGCAUUUGGAUAAUCUAAAGACUUUUCUUGAACGUCUUGAGAGUCAUGGCCUACGAUGCCAAAAAUGUGAAUUUGCCAAAAGCAAAAUCGAGUACCUGGGUCAUAUAAUAGACGCAACUGGCAUUCGUCCGUCUGAGUCACGACUACUUGCCAUCAAAGACUUGCCCGAGCCCAGCAACUUGAAGGAACUAGAAGCAUUUGUAGGAAAAAUAAACUACUAUAAUCAGUUUAUAGAAAAUUUUGCACAAAUUGCUGCCCCGUUAAAUAAACUUCGAUCGAAGAAUGUAAAAUUUAUAUGGGGAGACGAGCAGCGAAAAGUUUUCCAAAUAUUUAAAGAGAAACUCAUGAGUGUAUCGAGGUUAGUUCAUUUUCAAAAUGAUCUGCCAGUUUCUUUAGCGACAGACGCAUCGUCGCAUGGUAUUGGCGCGGUAAUAUCUCACAUAUAUCCGGACGGAUCUGAGAAACCGAUAGCUUUUGCUUCGAAGACAUUAACAGAAUCCCAGAAACGCUACAGUCAGAUCGAAAAAGAAGCUUUGUCGAUCAUAUUCGGAAUAAAAAAGUUUCACCAGUACUUGUUUGGGCGUCAGUUCGAGUUGAUCACUGACCACCAGCCCUUAGUGUCAAUUUUCAAUCCCAGUAAGAAACUUCCGCAAAUGACCAUAGCUCGACUACAACGUUGGGCAAUCAUUCUGAUGAGCUACUCUUAUACCAUUCGAUAUCGACCAACAGCACAACAUGCCAACGCUGACUGCCUAUCAAGAUUACCAAUUGGACCUGAUGAGGAGUUUGACAACAUGGAUGAAUCGUGUCAUACUUUAGAUGUCUACAGUUCUUUUAUCGAAGAUUUUCCCAUAAAUUCAUCCACUGUAGCUGAACACUCUAAAAAAGAUAGUAUUUUAAAUAAGACUGAACAUCCCAGAGUAGUAGUUCCUCGAAGUUUACAGCCGAAGGUACUAUCAUUACUCCACGAGGGUCAUUGGGGAGAGACAAGAAUGAAGCAGCUGUCACGUCGGUAUUGUUGGUGGCCGGGUAUAGAUGAGAUGAUUCACCAUACUGUAAAUGAGUGCAACGCCUGCCAGCUCAAUGCGUCACAACCUACAAAGCAUUACACCAGCUGGCCAACUACCGAGCAUUCAUGGGAGCGCAUUCACAUCGACUACGCCGGACCUUUUGAGAAAUUUAUGUGGCUUAUCAUCGUCGACUCAUUCUCAAAGUUCCCGUUCGUUGUUCGCAUGCAGUCAACAACUUCGAAAGCGACAAUAGGUGCUCUUCGUUCUGUAUUUGCACUCGAAGGAUUACCAAAAACCAUAGUGUCAGAUAAUGGCACCCAAUUUUCUUCGGCAGAGUUUAAGAAUUUUUGUCAAGAGAACGCCAUUACUCAUUUAACCUCUGCACCUUUCAACCCUGAAUCAAACGGUGCGGCAGAACGCAUGGUGCGAACGUUCAAAACAGCGUUGACCAAGAUCUUAUGUACGACAUUGACUCUAAAAAUAUCCUCAGAUUCCAUUACAUUCACUCAUGUAAACGAGGUUAAUGUCAAAUUUUGUUCCUCACCAAUGACGCACAGAUGGCUUGAAUCUUAA